AUGGAUUACUGUCCCCGUCCUGUGCCGGUAGCAUGGGUUCCGGAACGCAACGUGCAGAAGAAAGAAACGGAGCUGGGCACCAAGUCGAGGCCGUUCGCCAACAUCUCAGGAGUGUGCCGGCGCUGCAGCGAGCAGAUCGCAUGGCGCCGCAAGUACGGCAAGUACAAGCCUCUCACCGAGCCUGCCAAGUGCCAAGCAUGUGGCAAGAGGAAUGUGAAAGACGCAUACCAUGCCAUCUGCAGAGCAUGUGCGCAGGAGAAAGGGUUGUGCCCCAAGUGCCGGCAGCCCACCAAAGAGAUCGUGCAAGAUGGAGCAGCAGUGCGGGAGAAUGAGAUGAAGCAACUAGAGGAGGCCCUCGGGAGGCUGAGGGAGAGGGAGAGGCGAAGCUUGCUGCGUGCGAUGGAGAAGGGCAAUGCAGGGGCGGCAAACAGCGUGGCAAAGAAAGCAGCGAAGAAAGCAGCAGAGGGAGACGAUAGUGAGGAGGAUGAGGAUGAUGAUGAGGAAGAUGAGUGGGAGGAAGAUGAGGGGGAGGAUGAGGGAGAGAAGGAUGAGAACGAGGGGGAGAAGGAUGAGAACGAGGGGGAGAAGGAUGAGGAGGGAGAGGAGGAUGGGGAGGAUGGGGAUGGGGAUGGGGGAGAGGCGGGGCAGGAGGAUGAGGAUGAGGAUGAUGAUAGCAAGGAUGCAAGCAAAGGUGUUGGAACAGCGGACGGUGCUGAGACUAAGAAAGACGACAACACAUGA